GCCGUAAAGCGCAUCUGCCGUAAAGCGCACCGCUCCUGUCAGUGUUGUUGUCUGAAGAUGUUGAAGAUGUUGAAGAUGGGGUCCAGGAGAGUCCCUGGUCUGGGGGCCCCCCCUGGUCCGGGGGGUCUCCCUGUCCUGGUCCUGAUUUCUUGUAUCGUCGGACGCUUCAGUGCGGUCGCUCUCCAGGACGUCACCGCCGAUCUGUUCGGAACGGAGAACUACGGGACAGUGGCGGCGUUCGGAGACUUCAACUCCGACAAACAGACCGACCUGUUCAUCAUCAGGAACCAGUCUGAGCUGGUGAUCUUCUUGGCAGAUGUGAAGAUACCUUACUUCAAACCUAAAUUCAACAUCAGUAAAGAUUCUUUGCCACGUGACAGCAUCAUCACCAGCGUGGUACCGGGCGACUAUGAUGGAGACUCUCAGAUGGACGUGCUUCUCACUACCAGCCCCAAACUGGGCGAAGACACCACUGUGUUCAUCUUCUGGGGCAACAAUCAGACUCUGGAUCUGGGUUCACGGUUGGAGCUGAACAAGACCUUCGUGGAUCAACCUCUUGUCAUGGACUUCAACGGUGAUAUGAUCCCGGACGUGUUUGGGAUCCUCAAAGACGGCUCCACUGAAGUCUGCCUUCUGAAGGACCGACUGGUUGAGUGGCACAAGGCUCUCAGCGCCUCCGUCAAGAUGCGUGUUCCCCACUCCAACGCCUUCGUGGACCUCAACAUGGACUUCACCGCAGAUCUGUUCCUGACCACCCAGGACAACCAUUUCGAGACUUGGAUCAACAAGCAAGGGAACUUCAGCAAGGAAGAGAUCCUGCCUACUGAAGUCCCCAGGGGGUCCGUCAUCGUGGGCCAGUCCUCCUUUGUUGAUAUUGAUGGCGACGGCCACCAGGACCACCUGCUGCCUGUGUGUCUGGACGAGGCCUGCCGGAGCAGUGCCAUCUACCUGGCAGGACAGAGGAACAAAGAGUGGGUGACCCUGCUGUCGGACUUCCAGCAGGGGGAGACUAAGUGGGGCUUGGUGCCCGGGGCCCCCGGCCUGCCCUUGGCCCUUCAUCUGGGGGACUACAACCUGGACGGCUUUCCCGACGCCCUGGUCAUCCUCCGCAACUCCAGCAGCCGCGCUCAGCGGGCCUUCCUCCUGGAGAACGUUCCCUGUUCCGGCUCCAGCUGCCCCAGUGUUGGCAGGACGUUCCGGGUCCACUGGGACCAGUCGGACAUGGGCUCCAUCCCCCAGGCCGCUCUGGCCACCUUCUACGACAUCUAUGAGGACGGCAUCUUAGACAUGCUGGUUCUGAGCAGAGCAGAAGGCAAGGCCGACUUCAUCAUCCACGCACUCAAGAACAACUUUGAGGCCGACGCCUACUUUGUGAAGGUCAUCGUGCUCAGUGGCCUGUGUUCCAGUGACUGUCCUCAGAAAGUGACGCCGUUCGGGGUGAACCAGCCCGGGCCGUACGUCAUGUACACCACGGUGGAUUCCAACGGGAACCUGAAGAACGCCUCAGCGGGCCAGCUCAGCCAGUCCGCCCACCUCUCCCUCCAGCUGCCGUACAUUGUUCUGGGUCUCGGCCGCAGCGCCAACUUCCUGGACCACCUCUACGUCGGCAUCCCCCGCCCCCCCGGAGAGACGGACAUAAGAAGAAAGGAGUGGACUGCCAUCAUUCCAAAUUCUCAGCUCAUUGUCAUCCCGUACCCACACAACCAACCACGCAGCUGGAGUGCUAAGCUGUACCUGACUCCCAGUAGCAUCGUCUUACUGACUGCCAUCGCACUUAUUGGAGUGUGCGUCUUCAUCCUCAUCAUCAUCGGCAUCCUUCACUGGAAGGAGAAGAAAGCGGACGACCGGGAGAAGAGACAAGAAGCCCAUCGCUUCCAUUUUGAUGCCAUGUGAAGAAAUAGUUUAAUAAGCACCCAGCCCAUCAAUCUCCAUUCCCCCCCCCCUCUCUCUCUCUCUCUCUCUCUCUCUCUCUCUCUCUCUCACUCUCACUCUCACUCUGUCUCUCUGUCCCUCUCUCUGUCUGUCUCUCUCUCUCUCACUCUGUCUCUCUGUCUGUCUGUCUGUCUGUCUGUCUGUCUGUCUGUCUGUAUGUCUCUGUCUCUGUCUCUGUCUCUGUCUCUGUCUCUGUCUCUGUCUCUCUCUCUCUCUCUCUCUCUCUCUCUCUCUCUCUCUCCCCCCACCCAGCAGCUGGAGGUGAUGUUGGUGUGUGGGGGUCCGGGGGCUGUGGAGGAGAGCCAGUGGUUCCUGUGGUUCACCUGGUUCCCCUGGUUUCAAUCUGCUUGUGUUAAUGUGCUCCCGGAGGCCACAGUACCACUGCUCUGAAGUGUUUCAUAUCAAUGUUCUGAUUGAGGUCUGCCUGUGGCUGUCGGUCGCCUUAAUGUUGCUUUUAGUUUUGUUGGUCCACAUUUCAUCCCAUGCCAUGUGCUCAUUGGUUAGGGCCCACAAUUAGAGAGGUGCAACCAAAGUGCAGCGCUGAUUUCACUGGCUGGCAUGUAAAGUCCUGGCGCUACAAAUGAACACGGGCCCCCGGGUCUCCCCCUGGAGGGACCCAAAGGCCUCUGAGUCUCUCCAGGGGCCCCUGGGUCUCUUGAAGGCCCCUGGGUCUCUCCAGCGGCCCCUGGGUCUCUUGAAGGCCCCUGGGUCUCUUGAAGGCCCCUGGGUCUCUUCAGCGGCCCCUGGGUCUCUUCAGCGGCCCCUGGGUCUCUUGAAGGCCCCUGGGUCUCUUCAGCGGCCCCUGGGUCUCUUGAAGGCCCCUGGGUCUCUCCAGCGGCCCCUGGGUCUCUUGAAGGCCCCUGGGUCUCUCCAGCGGCCCCUGAGUCUCUUGAAGGCCCCUGGGUCUCUCCAGCGGCCCCUGGGUCUCUUGAAGGCGCCUGGGUCUCUUCAGGUGCCCUAUGAGAGUCAAGAGACUAUGGUUUGUUCAGACGCUCACAGGUUAUUUUUGCUAAAUUAGCUUGCACUUUUUUAAGUUUAUGCUAAUAAUUAACUUUGUUGGUCAUUUUAAUUUAUUAUGGACUUGAUUGCAAAAGAAUGUUACCAAUGUGUUCACUACUUAUCUGGGGAGAACUAAUAAAAAAAGUUGUGUUCAAAUUAA